AGAGUCACAUGAUCGCCAUCAUAUGAUUUGCAUACAGGGGAACGACCUGUUUAAGAUAGCUGAACUCAUCAUCAGCGAGAAAGACACAUCUCAAGACAGUUUGAGAGUUUGAUGAUCGGAGUCAUCCACCAUGGCUUGGACAAAAUACCAGCUCUUUCUCGCCGGUCUGAUGCUCACCACGGGCUCUAUCAACACGCUCUCCGCAAAAUGGGCUGAUAUGUUCUCUGCACCUGGUUGUCAUGGUUCCCCAAAUCAUGCCUUCUCCCACCCUUUUGUACAGGCUGUGGGGAUGUUUCUGGGAGAGCUUUCCUGUCUGGUGGUGUUCUACAUUCUCCUUUGUCAUGAUCGGCACAAACCUGAGCCCACAAUGGAUCCGGGCCAAAGUUUCAACCCCCUGCUUUUUCUCCCCCCUGCCCUUUGUGACAUGUUGGGAACAUCCAUCAUGUAUGUUGCACUGAACAUGACCAGUGCCUCCAGUUUCCAGAUGCUGCGAGGAGCUGUGAUCAUCUUCACUGGACUCUUGUCUGUAGCGUUUUUAGGACGCCGACUUCAGCCCAGUCAGUGGGUUGGGAUACUAGUCACCAUCUUUGGACUGGUGGUGGUUGGCCUAGCUGAUUUCAUGAGUGGCCAUGGGGAUGACUCCCAUAAGCUCAGUGAGGUUAUCACAGGGGACCUUUUGAUCAUCAUGGCACAAAUUAUUGUUGCAGUCCAAAUGGUCCUGGAGGAGAAGUUUGUUUACAAGCACAAUGUGCAUCCACUGAAGGCUGUUGGGACUGAAGGUUUUUUCGGAUUUGUCAUCCUCUCUUUGCUUCUUAUCCCAAUGUUCUACAUCCACGUGGGAAGUUUUGCUGAUAACCCACGGCAGGUCCUUGAAGACGCGCUGGAUGCCUUCUGUCAGAUUGGCCAUAAGCCCCUUAUUUUACUGGCACUGCUGGGCAACACCGUGAGCAUCGCCUUCUUUAACUUCGCUGGCAUCAGCGUCACCAAGGAAAUAAGUGCCACUACUCGCAUGGUUCUGGACAGUCUGCGUACUCUGGUCAUCUGGGUUGUGAGUUUACUGCUGGGUUGGGAGGUAUUCCAUGGCCUACAGAUUUUAGGCUUCAUCAUCCUACUCGUGGGUACAGCACUAUACAAUGGACUCCACAAGCCCUUGAUGGCCAAACUGCCCUGCUGCCACGGAGAGCAGAGAGUAGAGGAGGGAGAGGCUCCAGAGAGAGAGAGACUGCUUGGUGCAGGAAAAGCUGCAAACGAGAGCUAAUAUUGGACUUUGAUCAAAAUGCUGCUCGCAAAGCAUUUUAUUUUAGUUUUAACUGUUAUUUCAAUUUUAAGAAUCACAAUGUUUUUAGAGUUUGAUUCAACACUUGGAAACCAUCACUACUAAUUGCCUACAGCCAUUUUUGUGGGCAUGUCUCAACAGUUUUUUUUUUUUAAAAAAAAAAAAAAAAAGAACAGUUGUGCUUUAGAUUUUAAAAUGGUGGAAUGCACAUUUUUACUUUAGGAAAGGGAAUUAUAUUUCAUGAUUUUGAUGCCAAAAAUCUUAAUAUUUUAAAUUUUUUAAUCCUGUGGUUUUUAAUACCACAAUUUAUAGGUUUUAAAACAUCUUGUUUAUGUGCUGUUGUUUGGGAGGACAUUAUUUCUCUAACCAUUUUAUUUGAAUAAUAUUUUUAGUGAUCUGUGAAACGGGUAUUGUGUACUCACAAAAAAAAAAAAUCUUCUGUUAGUUGAAGUAUAUUUGGUUUAUAAAAAUAUGGAAGGCUCGCUGAGUUUACUGCAAGUAAAUAUUACAAUGUUGUUGUUGUUUUUUAGCACAUGGAACCAUAAUCUCAAACAGUGUAUCUGCAUAAAUCAGAUAAUUUGAAAUUAUCUAUUCUUUUUAUAUAUAUAUAUAUAUGAAUGAAUGAAUGAAUAUUUGUUUGUUGUUAAUGAAAACAUGAAGAAGAAAGAACUGAAUGACUAUGAUGGAUUAAAUGCAAGUAAUGUCUGUGUGACAUAUCUAA